AUGGAGGGCGUUGAGGCCCAGGAUCCCUUUCUUUGGGACGUCGACACCGUGGCCCGUAAACUUUCCACUCCUGGCUGGCCAUGGGGGCGUGAUCCGUCGACUCUGGUUGCCCAUGUUCAAGAGGAAGAGCUUGACGGGAAAACCUUGUUGACCUACGAUCAUAUCUUCUCGCGCAAGGAAUUGAUGGAAUGUUUGGGCAUCAAACCUGCCCGCCACAAGGCUGCCCUUGCAGAGGCCAUCGUUGGCUUUCGGUCUAGGAGCCGCGCAUAUCAGCAAUGGCUUCAGCUCUACUCUCGGCAGGAAUCCGGAUACGUGGAUGAUGAACCCAAGGAACCAGCGCAGGGGAUGGUUGGGCUCAACUCCAUCCUAGCUUUGCCAAACGGAGACCACCAGGUUUCGCCUUCUGGAUCAUUCUCGGUCGGGAUUAACGGAGAGCAAGCUCCAAAGGCCUUCGCGCAGGCCGACACUGCCUCUCGGCUUGAUACGUUUGAGAACUCAGCACAAAAAGGCCCGUCGAACGAGGCGCAGCCAUCACCACAGUUGGAUGGCCAACUUGUCGCCAGGGCGCACAUUGAUCCUCCUGCGACUGUCGAAACUACCGCCUCGACACGAGAGAAUGCCGAUGAUGAUAGGUCCGUCAAGCGUCGUCGAAUUGUCCCUACUCUUCUCGACAGCAAGCCACACAACAUUGCUCCCUCUUUCCUCCCCUCCGCAGCGGACGUCCUCGAUUACUCUGUGAAACCUGAUUCCGACUCUAAGUCUGAAUCCGAAUUUGCGCUGGAGCAAGCCGGUGCCCACAGAUUCCCCUGGGAAAGGGCUCCCUCAUAUGCUUAUCUCGGAAAGGGCAGGAUCUCAACCGCCGACAUCAAGGAUUCCACGGUCCCUCUUAGCUCCAACCUUUUGGAGUUUGAGGACGGUGCAUUCGCGACUACUACGGCAACUAAGCCUCCGCCUGGCUUGAGAAAUGUGGUCUCUCGUGUUCUCAGACAUGUCAUGGUGAGCAACAGUCGUGAGCCCGCCCUCUUGUCAAGGUCGUCUAGUCCGGAAUCCCAGGGAUCCAACCACUCCGACCCUGUUCUUCAUUGGUCAGACAUGGACGAAGAUUUCGAUGAAGAAACUUGGAACGAGAUAGAGGCGGAAGCGCUCGAGAAUGAACAGGCAGAAAAUAGUCAAUCACUUCCCACCCUCAUCUCGAACGAGCGAGUCAGGGAGAUCUUGGAUGAGGCCAUCCAGUCCAUGGAGGCUACCUGGCGGGAGGCCAAGCUACCCAAACAUGAACGAACAGCCUACCGCUUGUGGAUCAACGCUCGACGCAUGGGGACAAAGAAUCAUCAGGUUCGCCAUGCUCACAUCCAGGCCAAACACUCCAACGACAAGAUAGAAGAGUUUUGUACAGAGAUUGUGAAGGAGCAGUGGAAGAAGGAGGCUCGGAUCCGAGACCAAGCGGUGAUUCUCCAACAAACUAUCGAAAACAAGGCAUACCACGUAUGGUUGAUGGGUGUGCUGGAGUCUUCUCGUCCACCUCCCAAGCCAAGCAGAGUUCCCAGACCGAGACAGGUGGCUGUGCAACAAACAGAAGUUCCAUUGGGCGAAGAGAUUCUUACCAGCUCUGACGAGGAUGAUUUUAUAGUCCCCGAUGAAGAGCUGAAACCAGAAGACCAUCCGAUGGGCAUGGAAGAGGAGGCUGUGCCAGCUGGACCAGGUUCGCGGCCUGAAUCUCUGAAAGCAGAGUCACCAGUGACCCCAGACUACAUGGACCUUACACAAGACCUUUCUGCCGCAGCUACGCCCGGAGGCCAUGCCUUUGGCGAGGCCGAUGUCAUUGACCUGACCAUUCUUUCUGAGUCGGAAGUGAGUCGCCCGCCGAGUCCUCAAAAGAACACACAGGUUCCCCCUACUCCUCCUCCUCCGUCGCCGCCGCCGCCACCCCUGCCAAAGGAAACAGUGCUUCCCAGCAGUGUGAUUAAUGUUCCCCCACCUAUUGAGACACUUGGGAACAUUCAAACCAUUGGCGGUGUUUCACCCAAGAGAUGGGUCAAGAAGAGCGAUCGCUGGAGGCUGUUGAUCUGUCUGAUCUGGAGACUUGAUCACUCUCGCCGAAGAGGCAUCCUUGACCGCAUUCAGUCGACGCAGCCCGAUGUCAUUUGGACGGAGCACUUUGAGUCUUACAUGGCCGAUCCGGUGAGGAGCAAGGACGAGCUGACCCCUGAAAACAGCAAGACUGUUUCAUUUGACUUUGUCCGGCUCUUCCACUGCUUCUUCCAGUGUCAGAACGUGGCGGAGGAUUCAGUAAUCAAAUUUAAGCGCAAGAAACUGAACAAGCGGCUUCGGAAGACACGCGGAGUAUGGUUCAAUCCCUUCUGCAAGUUCAUUGAGAUGGUCCUCCCCGAGUUCCCUCAGGACAGCCAAAUUUACAGAAAUGACGACCUCGAUGCUCUUGACGCCGAAGAACUGGAUGAUGAUCUGGGAGACGACCUGGACAACGACGAGGAUGUCGAAUCGAUGGCGAACCGAAAGGCGCGGAAGAAUCGCCCAGAGAUCAUUCGAGACAGGGCGGCAGUGGACCUCAGAGAGCGAGAACACCAAAGACUCGAAGAACAAGAGGCUCGCAGGAACAAGCUGCGAAUGGACCUCAAAAUACACGGCGUAGCUUCAGACGACAAAGCUCGCAUCAUCAUCAACGAAAGUAAAGAAGAGGACCAAAGCCUCAUCUACAUCAAUGAAGCGAUUGGCCCUCGCAUCAAGGAACACCAAAUCGAUGGUGUCCGCUUCCUAUGGAACCAGAUCGUACGCGAUCCAGAGACACGGCAAGGGUGUCUGUUGGCUCACACAAUGGGACUGGGAAAGACGAUGCAAGUCAUCACCUUUCUUGUUGCGCUGGCCGACUCGUCCAAGUCUAAAGAUCCAUCUGUGGUCGCCCAGAUACCCGAAGACCUGAGAAAGGGGUGGACUUUGGUCCUUUGUCCACCCUCCCUGGUAGACAACUGGAUAGACGAGUUUCUCAUUUGGGCCCCGAAAGGCCUGUUGGGAAAGCUGCGCAAGCUCACGGCGACUCUGAAAGGAGAUGACAGAUCUGACACAGUUGAAGCGUGGGCUUCAGAAGGGGGCGUGCUUGUGAUCGGUUACAACAUGUUCAAAAUCCUUCUCGAAAUCCCCGGAGUAUCAGAACUCUUGGUUGAGAAGCCUAGUAUCGUCAUCACGGACGAGGCACAUGCCUUGAAAAACCCAGAGACCAAGACUCACAUGGCGUGCUCUCGCUUCAACACCAAUGCCCGCAUUGCCCUUACAGGCACGCCCCUACACAACAGCGUGCUCGAGUACUAUGCCAUGAUCAACUGGGUUGCACCGAACUUCUUGGGCCCGUUGGCAGAGUUCAAGAUCAUCUACUCCUUGCCAGUUGAACAGGGAUUCGAUUUUGACAGUGGCCCAAUUGAGAAGAGAAGAGCUUUGACGAAACUAGCUGCUCUCAAGAAGCUGGUCGCACCCAAGGUUCAUCGCCGCACGACAGCCGCGCUCAAAGAUGGCCUGCCGCCCAAAUACGAGUUUGUUAUCUACGUCCCACCCGGGGACGUCCAGAAAAAGCUCUACGUUCUCUACCAGGAAGGCAUCAAGGGCCAACUGGGAGACGCGAAGGCCAGCGUUCUCUCCGCCAUGAACAAUCUCAGUUUGAUUUGUCGACACCCCAGAUGUUUCCAAGAAAAAAUAACGAGAGUCCGUGAGGGAGACAGGCAGAGAGAGGGGGGAAUACCCACCAAACACUCAGAGGAUGUGGCAUUCCCCAGGCAGAUCAUUCCACAGGCUUUGCAGGUGCUCAAUGUUCCGGAUAUUAACGACAUCUCCCUUUCGCGGAAAACAGAACUGCUGACAGUCAUUCUCGACGAGGCACGCAAGGUUGGAGACAAAGUACUCGUGUUCAGUCAGUCUCUGGAUUCGCUUAACUACCUGGAGGCCAUGUGCAAGAUGCAGCUCAGGACCAUUAGUCGCCUCGAUGGAAGCACGGCCGUCGAAUCCCGUCAAGAGGAGAUCAAGAGAUUUAACGAAGGCAGCAAGGAGGUAUAUUUGAUAUCGACAACUGCUGGAGGCGUUGGUCUCAACAUCCACGGAGCCAAUAGAGUCGUCAUCUUCGACAUCAAAUGGAACCCAACCGUCGAGCAGCAGGGGAUAGGACGUGCUUAUCGCCUCGGCCAAAAGAAGCCCGUUUUCGUGUACUGGCUCACGACAGCGGGAACUUUUGAGCAGAUCAUCCACAACCAGCACGUUUUCAAACAGCAGUUGGCAGCUCGUGUUGUGGACAAGAAGAAUCCGAUUAGCUGGUCAAAACGCAAGGGCUCUGUCUUGGCGCCCCUGAAUGAAAACAUGAAGCCAGCUGAUCUAAGCCCUUCGCUUGGGAAAGAUGUUAUCUUGGACAAGCUUAUCAAUUACCGAAAGAAUGGCAAGGCCAUCCUCUCCAUUGUCGAGACAGUCUUAUUCGAGAGGGAAGACGUGGAUACGACACUGACGGCCGAGGAGCAAAAGAGGGCGGAUGAAUUGGUCGAGAUGAACAACCUUCGCUCCACCGACCCUGAGAGAUAUGAGCAAGUCAAGCUGCAGAUUGAUCGGGGAGACCUCAACCAGCAGGUAUCAGCGAUGGCUGCUGCGUCAAUGGUAAACCAGAGGCCAGUUCAUCGAUCCUUUGAUGGAGCAUCGGAUCUUCCAGACGAGGGGAACGGACCCAUCCACAUGGCAGCAGGUCUCUAUGGUUGGACUCUUGACGGAGCCAACGAAUCAGCCGUGGGGGGAAACACAACAGUUGUCCGGCCACCAACACCGCCUCCUCCUCAUGUCCAAGGGCCAAUCCCUAUGCCUAUGCCCGGGGCGAAUACCUUCUUCGGAGAGCACCCGCCACAAGUUCCCGUCGCGGAGAAUCAGCGACCAGCGCCACCGCAACCGUUUGUCACGACUCCCACGGCACCUCCAACUCCUGUGGUGGCUCCAACUCCUAUGGCAGCUCCAACACCAACGGCGACACCAAAGGAGCCCCUUCAAUCAUCUCCUCGCCCGGCACCUCAUAGCAGCAUCUUCAAGGGAGGUGGUCUAUUCAACGUGUCAGAAAUCCCAGCCAAGGUGGAAUUCGAGAAGCAGCUACAGGAUACAGUCCGAAAGCUGCAACAGCGCAAUGUGCCCCGGAUGGGAGGAGACGCAGCGCAGAUAGCCAGUGCCCUGACGGACAGGGUGAACACGAUUCGGAAGGAAGGCAAGUUUGGAUUCUUGCCCGAUACCCAACGUUGGAAGUUCCUUGUCGGGCUGUUGUCACACGAUAAGUUCGGAAUUGCCAUCGUUGCGGGUUAUCUAAGCGCAGACUACGUGGCUCUGGCCGAAGAGCACGAACUGGAGAGCCGGAUGCAGACCAUCAACGCGCUUGAGGAAAUGGAUAUCUCCGCCCAGGCGGACAGGAGAUUCAACUCACCGGACCCAAAUAACCUACAGAACAUUCGCCGGCAUAGCUUACAACGGAGCGAGACUCGACCACUGGUCAGGGAUGAUAUGAAAGUAAUGCGGGAAGCAAUGGACAAUAGAAAAAACAGGGCGUCCCGUCUGCCGCAGUGGGCUAAUCAAGCACUGGAGGAAGAGCAGAACCGUGGAUCCCCAAGACCAGAACCAUUAGAGCGACGGACCGUGUCUAGGAAUGGAACACCUCGCGGGGGGCAGGUCGACCCGUGGCGGGGAGCAUAA